GCAACAGCAACAGCAACAGCAACAUCAACAGCAACAACAAGAGCAGUACCAGACCUCGUCAAACCCUAUGGCGGCGGCUAUGGAGAUUGACAUGGAUUGCAGGGAGGUUGCAGAUGUUGCUGUAACUAAGUUCAAGAAAGUGAUUUCGUUACUGGAUCGUACCAGAACUGGCCAUGCUCGCUUCAGAAGGGCUCCUGUGGCUUCUCCUCUCCAAAAUAACCCUACCACCGAUGAGCCCUGUUCCAUGACCUAUCAGCAUCAGCAGAAACAACCACAGAAAGAGGAGGAGAAAGAGAAAGAGAAGGAGAAGGAGAAGGAGAAACAGUCAUCUGGGUCUAAGAUUUAUUGUCCGACGCCGAUCCAACGUUUACCCCCUCUUCCUGUUCCUCAUCAUCAACAUCAACAUCACCCUUUCUUCCAACCCACCACCACGAAGAACGGCGUUCUCGAGAGAAAGGAAUCGGUGACGACCAUUAGUUUCAGUGCUUCUCCAUCUGUCUCCGCUGCGAAUUCCUUUAUGUCGUCGUUGACAGGCGACACGGAUUGUAAGCAGCCUUCUUCAUCAUCGGCUUUUCAGAUUACGCAUCUGUCUCAGGUUUCCUCGGCAGGACGGCCUCCUCUGUCUUCAUCUUCGUUGAAGAGGAAGUGCAGCUCGUCCGACGAUGCCGCUGCCAAAUGUGGAACCUCUUCUACUGGCUGCCAUUGCUCGAAAAGAAGGAAAUCGAGGGUGAAGAGGGUUGUGAGAGUCCCUGCGAUUAGCUUGAAGAUGGCCGAUAUCCCAACUGACGAUUACUCUUGGAGGAAGUACGGGCAAAAACCAAUUAAAGGAUCACCACAUCCGAGGGGUUACUACAAGUGCAGCAGCGUGAGGGGUUGCCCUGCGCGCAAGCACGUAGAGCGAGCUGUGGACGAUGCGGCGAUGCUGAUCGUCACCUACGAAGGUGAGCACAAUCAUGCGCAUCCCGUCGUCUCAGAGCCGAACAGUCUCAUCCUGGAAUCUUCUUAAGUUAUGUAAUUUUCAUCAUGAAAACAGAAAAGAAAAGAAACCCAGAUGGGGAUCAAGCAGAGGAAGAAGAAAGAACCCCUGAUUUGAGCAAUCAGCAAGAAAGAAAGAGUCAAAAAGGGGAGGGCCAUGGAGCAGAGAACAAGGGGGGAUAGGGAACAGGGGAAAGGGGUCCAAAGCUCCAAAAGUCUAAGGAGAUUAAUUGGGAUUGUUCUUUCCCUGGAAAAUACGGGAUUCCUUGUUUCUCUUUUCUAUUUUUUUAAACUUUUUAUCGGUAUUGUUAAUCUCUAAAGUUGAAAUUGAGACUUUAAAAAAAGGAAAUGAAAAUGAAAAUGAGAACAAAGUGGGGCAAAUUGUGGAUU